GGGCCCCAGCCCGGGCUAAGCCCUUCUAAGUCACCACAUGGCACCAGCCGCAUGUGACAGAGCUUAUCCUGGUUUCAGUCAUCGAAGACAUGUCGUGCCCAUCUAGCGGAUAUAGUUCUGGAGUUCGCUGCCAAAGGUAUCCCGGUGGCAGAUACCAGGGAAAAUGGUUCGGCAUGCAGCCUCAUGGUUAUGGAGUAAAACAAGCUAGCAGCGGUUUAGUCUACGAGGGUCAGUGGCAGAUGGGCCAGCGACACGGCUAUGGAACUCUGCGUCGCAAGGAGCCCAAUGGCAGCAUUCAACGCAUCUACGUGGGCCAGUGGCGGCAGAAUAAGCGUAAUGGUGAGGGAAAACAGUUCUAUCCCGAUGGAUCUGUGUACUAUGGUCAGUGGUUAGGGAACCAGAGAAGUGGUCAAGGCAUUCUAUGGCAGGCGGAUGGAGGUAUUUAUGUCGGGGAGUGGCUCCUGGACCAAAUGCACGGAAGGGGUGUACUUUUUACGGCCAAUGGGAAUCGCUAUGUAGGCCAAUUUGAAAGAGGCUGCAAGUCAGGAGGUGGUGUUUUUUACCACGGCAACGAUGGCCAGCGGAUUCAGCGAGGCUUUUGGAGUCAAGAUAUCUGCAAAACGUCAUUAAUGCCACUGCUACCAGGAAAAACUCAAUGAUUGUACUCCUCAGCCUUGUAACAAUAUAUUUGAAUAGAAAAAUGUGUUCUUAAAUAUUAAUUU